UCCAUCCAGCUAGAGAGCCAUCCAACCCAAUUCCGUCCCCCUUCCAUUUCCGCUUCCUCCCCACAAUUCAAUCCCGCCGCCGACGCCCCCUCCUCCGAAAUGGCGUGACGACCUCCGCCCCAUCCCCCAAAUCCCUCACCUCCGCACUUCAAAAUUCCCCACCUCCACUGCCGCUAUCCUCCCGCAACCUCACCAAAUCCGGCGAAUUCCCCCAUCGACCAAACCCUAACCCUAGGUGGCCGGCCAUGAAGGCGUCGAUCAAGUUCCGGGACGACGACCGGCCGCUGGUGCGCGCCAAGGUGCCCGUCGGCGUCCUCGGGCUGCCGUUCCUCACCGGCGUCUCGGCCGGCGGCGGCGGCGACUCGCGGGAUCUCCGCUUCGACCUCUCCACCGCCUUCGCCUCCGGCCCGGCGCUCCGCCUCUCGUACCGCCCCAACGACCCGCUCCAGCCCUUCGCGCUCUCCGUCCGUACCGGCCUCGGCCCGCUCGGGUCCCCCGCCCGCGCGCCGUUCGCCAUAUCCGCCGAGUUCAACCUCCUCUCCUCCAGCCCGCCGGCCUUCUCCCUCCUCUUCAAGCCCCGCAUCGGCGACUUCUCGCUCGCCAACUCCGUCAUCUCCCCGCCCGCGUCCGCGUCCCCGGCCCCGCCGCUGCCGCCGCCGCCGCCGUCGCACAAGCUGACCGACCUCGCCAACGGCGGCGACGACCACAGGGCGUUCUCGUUCAGCGGGAACGGGUUCGCCGCGAACGUGGCCGCCGCGGGGAAGAGCGGCGGCGGGGUCGGCGCGCUGCUGUCCGGGAUGCGCCUCACGACCAGGAGCGUGCUGCCGCUGUGGAGCAAGGCGAGCCUGCGGUUCCAGUGGGGGCUGCGCGUGCCGCCCGAGCUGAAGGCCGCCCUCGCCGACGACGGGUACGGCCGCAAGGCGGGUAACCUGGCCAUCAACAAGUUGCCGCUGCUGGUCAUGAACAAGAUCACAAUUGAGCACACGCUGCGGAAUCCUCCACAUUCCGAUGCCGACAAGGGGAAGAAGAAGGAUGCGCCGGAAUUUCAGACUGAAGGGUUCUCGCUCGUCAAGAGGCAGCUCGAGGUGCUCAAUGCAGAGAGCAUCAUGCUGCGGCGUACCGUGGAGGACCUGCGUGCCGAGAUCGGUGGAAAUAGAGCCGCCUCAAUGCCCGGUAAAGGCGACGCCCGAAGGAUGCCGUCGUCCCUGGCACCACCACCACCACAACCAUUCCUGGCGAAGCCAGAUCGCCACGGGAACGGCAAGGAGAUGGUGGACAGUGGACCGAAGCCGGUGUCGAAUGAGGCGAGCGAGGAGUUGAAGAAGGCACUGGAGGCUCGCCGGAAGUGAAGAAGUAUCAGAAUUUGCUGAAAUUGCAACCCCCUGCAAUACUGCAACUUGACAUGGCUGCUUGGUUAAAAUUUUGCGCUCAAUAAUACAUUUGGUAGGUGCAGUUUGCUUCCCCAGGGAAGCAAAUGGAAUUCUCAUAAGGUGAUGUAAUAAUCUCGCCUUAUUUUCCAGGCCGUUGCUUGUGCUAGACUGCUACUAGUAGUAUUAUUUAUCUCCAAUUCGCCAUGUAUAAACUCGCUCUUUUGUUAGUUGAAGUUUCAGCUCCAUUGAGAUGUAUGAAACGCUUUAGUUUUCCAGAUCAUCCUUAUUACAAUUUCAAUCCAUAUGAUCAUUAUCUC